AUGGCCGUUAAGCUUGAUAUUGCUAAGGCUUUUGACAAAGUGGAAUGGAGAUUUGUGGAUGCAGUGAUGGAGAAAAUGGGAUUUUGCGAGAGAUGGAGAAGAUGGAUCAUGACAUAUAUCACUACGGUUACCUAUUCUGUUUUGAUCAAUGGUGAACAAACUAGAACCAUCAAACCCAGGUGGGGACUUAGAAAAGGUGAUCCUAUCUCACCCUAUUUAUAUAUUAUCUGCACUGAAGGUUUCUCAAAAUUGAUCAAACAGAACAUUCAGAAACAGAUGAUCCAUGGUUUUAAGGCUUCUAGAAGUGGUCCUCCUGUUUCUCACCUAUUAUUUGCAGAUGAUUCUCUAGUAUUCUGCAUAGCUACAGAAGAGGAAGCAAGAAACAUGGCUCAGAUUCUUAGCACGUACCAGAGAGCAUCAGGACAGGAGAUAAAUUAUGCUAAGUCAGCCAUCUCCUUUGCGAAAGGUACUCCUAAACAAACUCAAGAUGGUACUCCUAAACAAACUCAAGAUACGAUCAUUACGCUCCUUGGUAUAGUUAAGAUUGGUGGGUUCGGAAAGUAUUUAGGACUACCUGAAACCAUAGGUAGAAAUCGUCACGACACUUUCCAAUAUAUUAUCCAUAGGAUAAAGAGCAAGCUGGACAGUUGGUAUUCAAAAUUCUUAUCUCCUGCGGGUAAGGAAGUUCUGUUGAAAGCAGUAAUAACAGCCUUACCCACCUACAAAAUGUCUUGCUUCUUGCUUCCAAAAACUAUAAUUAAGGAAAUUACAAAAGCUAUGCGAAAUUUCUGGUGGUCUGCAAAUUUAGAGAAGAGAUCAAUCCCUUGGAUAGCCUGGGGCAAGAUCACAGCCUCUAAAAAGAAGGGGGGAUUAGGAAUCAGAGAUAUGCUCGCUUUCAAUAAGGCCCUCCUUGCUAAACAAGCUUGGAGACUUAUGAAUCACCCUACAUCCCUCCUCUCGAGAAUCUACAGAGCAAAAUAUUUUAGAAAAUCAACUUUUCUUGAAGCUAAGGCUUUCCCAUCUUCUAGCUAUGCAUGGAGAAGUAUAGUUCAGACUCAACCUCUGAUUAACAAAGGAGCUAAAUGGGUAAUAGGAAAUGGGCUUAGUGUUAGAGUUUGGAAAGAUAAUUGGCUUCAAGGAGACUGUGCCUUUCCCCCUAUAGGCCCCAGAGCUGAGAUAUAUCCAAUGAUGACAGUGAAAGAUCUCUUUCUUUCAGGUACCAGGAUGUGGGACAUCGCCAAGAUCAGAAGAUUGGUCAGAGCAGAAGAUGUACCUAGAAUCCUGCAAAUAAGGCCUAGUGAGACAGGACAGCAAGAUAUUCUUUGUUGGAGAUUAGGGACAUCUGCUUCAAAGGACAGGUCAUACUGCUUCCCCUUCUUUCUUGGAUGGCGAAUUUGGAAGGCACGCAACAAACUGGUUUUUGAGAAUAAGAGGGAUCAUAUCACUCAAAUCGUCAAUGCAGCGGUUAUGGACUCAAAGAUAUGGAAGGAAGCACUGACUCAGAAUAAGGAGACUGAGCAAACAGUGUCCAAUCCUCUAGUUUCAUCAGUGCAGGAAAUCCUUCCACAACACACAGAGUUAUACUGUAUUGUCGAUGCUUCAUGGAAGGCGCCAAUGGAUAACAUUGGUAUAGGGUGGUCCUUAUAUUGCAGAGAAGGCACUCUAAUACUCCAAGGAAGCUCUGCAAUGAACCCUACCAGCACUCCAUUGGUAGCAGAGGCAAUGGCAAUGUGGACAGCAGUUCAACAACUCUACAGAUUAUACUACGCUAACAUGUUCAUACUAAGCGAUUGUCUGAGGUUGAUCAGCACUCUUCACUGUGUGACAAAAGGCAGACCGGUUCAAGAUAUAUGUCAUCCGGAGGUGUUUGGAGUGGCUGAGGACAUAGAAGCAGUUGCUACAAAAUGUAAUUUUAGCUUCAGACAUGCGCCUAGGAACUUAUUAGAUGUUGUUGACAAAUUAGUCAAGGAUGCUAGAAUUGGUAACAAACCUUAUCACAUAUAA